AUGCGUGAACCACCACUAACAACCACAGAAGAGCACUUAACUCGAGUCGCGCGCGAUCGUCAGUCUGGCCUCGCUUCGGAGCUUCGUGAAUCAGCUACGUCUCACAAGGCGACUCAAGAGGAAGUAUACCGACUCGAGGCCGCGAUCGAGCGCAAGUCUCGUCGCUUCCGCACCUUGCGUGACAACUAUGAGCGUCGUUUGAAGGUUACCGACAACACGAUCGCCAUACACUCCGCCGAGCUUGAUCGUUUGCAGGAUCGGAAGUCGCGUCAGGAUCUCGAGUCCGCGCUCGCAACGCUUCAACAGGAAAGAGACGCUCUGGCGGUUCAACGAGAUGAGUUGCUCGGUCAGCUUGGCGAGCGUUUCAUGGAGGUCACCGAUCUACGGGCUGAACGGGACCAGGCGCAGGGGAGAUUGUCCAACAUCGCGUCCCUUCUCCCUUCCACGUCGAGCCAUAAGCGAGCACGCCCUGAGUUCAAAUCUCCUACCAAGUCUGCCCGUGUCUCCAAGGCUGCUCGAUCGACUUCAAGCCCUUCCCAAGCUGACGCUUCGAGUCAUGCCCCUGUGUCUAGGUCCUCGAUAGAGGUUCUGUCUGCUGUGGCUGCCCGCCAGAAGGCUAAAGGGUCGGUGUCAUCUCCUUCGUCUCCUGGUCCUGAUCUUUCUCGAUCCGUCCGAUCGACCGCUAAGAGUGGCAGCGGAGGCGCUUCGUCGUCCCCUGCAGCUUCUGAGGCAGGCGCGCCUUCCGACGGUGGCGAGAGCUCUUCCGGCGAAUCCGGUUCAACUCGCGUCUGUGAUUCAGACGCCGCGGGAAGCGAUAGCAGUUCUCCGGAGUUGAAUCGUGCCAAAAACGAGUUCGGCAUGUCAUCCGGUCCUCUAUCGGACGCUGAGCCGGCGGCUUUGCCGCCUACCACCGUUCCCCGAUCGGAAUGGCUCCCCGGUUAUCGCGAUUGUCGCAGCUUUCGCGGCCAUGACAUCGUCCCCUGGUCUGCACAGAAUAUUCGUCAGACCGGCAUCGUGGAGAUGGACACGGAUCUGCUGUUUCAUCGUUUCACCAAGCCGAUGGAGUGGCUAAUUCCUCUCCGUGAUCCCGUGCCUCCGCUUGGAGACUGGCGAGACGAUCUGGUGGACGAGAACAACGUACGCAACUUGAUUGAGACUGCUCCGUGGAAGAUCCUUGUUGCCCCGCUUGACCCUCUCACAUUCAAAACUCGAGGUUGGUUCCGGCACAUGAAGCGACUUUACGCUUCUUACGAGGAUGAGCAUCUUCGGGCUUAUUGGGACUCCACCCACGCCUUUCCGGUGAGCAUUACCAAGCGUCACACCAGUCGAUACUUGGACGCGUUCUACACUGAUCGCAAGCAGCGUCGGUCCAGAGCUGGCGCCCGGUGGAAGUCGUUCCUUCAGCAGGUGCUGAUCGGUUUGCUCCGGGGUUACUGCGACCUUGACUUGUUGCUGGAUCCUUUCUUCGUGCAUUUCCCUCGACCCGGCGAGGAAGGUGCCUGGUAUCCUGGGAUCGAGGACGGCGGCGACCCUGCCGAUCUACUGGAGGCGUUGACCAUCACGGACACGGCCGAUCGUUGGCAUAACCUUUAUCGUGACGUGCCCGAGGACCACCCGGCGCUUGGGAUUGCUCGUCUGCGCGGAAGGUCGUGUCCUCCUCUUCCUGAUCGCGUGUCGCCGUUAUGUGUAGGAUGGCAGCUUGUAGGUUUCUACUCCCGUCAGGAAGGUUCCGUCCGAUCUAAUCAGACGUAA